CUCACUUCCCCAGCUGCUGACGUCAGCUGGCAGCCUGGGCUGUGCUCGCCGCUCCGGACAUAGCGCCGAGAAAAAUGCUGCUCUCCGUACCGCCAAGGGCAGGAAUCAACCCAUACAACGGCUAUAACAGCAGAAACAGCAAAAAGACUUAUGUGUCCUCCAGCCAUCAGAUGGCGCCCCCAAGUCCCAACAACAACAGUAGCAGCAACAGCAGUGUGGGAGGGGAACAGCUGAGUAAAACGAACCUGUACAUCCGCGGCCUUCAUCCUGGGACCACGGACCAAGACCUGGUCAAGCUCUGCCAACCGUAUGGCAAGAUUGUGUCGACCAAGGCCAUCUUGGAUAAAACCACCAACAAAUGUAAAGGAUAUGGCUUUGUGGACUUUGACAGUCCAGCAGCAGCACAGAAAGCUGUUACAGCUCUGAAGUCCAGCGGAGUCCAGGCUCAGAUGGCCAAACAACAAGAGCAGGACCCCACCAACCUCUACAUCUCCAACCUGCCAGUGUCUAUGGAUGAACAAGAGCUGGAGAGCAUGCUCAAGUCCUUUGGCCAGGUCAUUUCCACACGCAUCCUCCGAGAUGCCAACGGGACCAGCCGCGGUGUGGGCUUUGCCAGAAUGGAAUCCACGGAGAAGUGCGAGGCCAUAAUUCAGCAUUUCAAUGGCAAAUUCAUCAAGCCUCCACCGGGAGUGCCUGUGCCCACGGAGCCCUUAUUAUGUAAGUUUGCAGAUGGAGGUCAGAAGAAGAGGCAGAACCAGGGGAAAUACCUCCACAAUGGAAGGCCCUGGGCUAGAGAUGGAGAUACAGGAGGAAUGACGCUUGCGUAUGACCCCACAGCCUUACAAAAUGGCUUCUACUCCUCACCCUACAGUCUGGCUCCAAACCGAAUGAUCGCCCAGACUUCUCUCUCACCCUACAUGCAUUCUCCUGUCUCAUCCUACCAGGUACACAGCCCGUCCUGGAUGCACCAUCAGUCAUACCUCAUGCAGCCAGCUGGUACAGUUCUUACCCCAACAAUGGAUCACGCCAUGUCCAUUCAGCCUACGUCCAUGAUGGGACCUCUCGCCCAGCAGCUAAGCCACCUGUCCAUGGGCAGCACGGGCACAUAUAUUCCGGCCAACACAACUAUGCAGGGGACCUACAUCCCCCAGUACACCCCAGUGCCUCCCUCCAGUGUCCCAGUAGAGGAGAAUGGUGGUCAACAGCAACAGGUUGCUAUGGAGUCUCCCGCAGAACACACAAACUACUCGUACCAACACACCAAGUGAAGCUAAGCUCCCAGCAGGGUGGGGCUGAGAGCACGAGAUGAAUCCAACCAAACAGGAUUCAGCUGAACUGUGCUCCAUACAUCACCAAGCACCCGGACUUGAACAUGGAUAACAAAAGGAACAUGUGUGUGUGUCUGUGUUUGUUUGUUUGUUUGUGUGUGUGUGUGUGUGUGUGUGUGUGUGUGUGUGUGUGUCUGUAUUUUUUUUUUUUUUGAAAGAAAAAGGACAACACUUAUGUCAUUGGACUUUCCUGCUCACAUCCUCAAGAGUUGAUCAACCAAAGGUGGGAAUCUUCUUUACAGAAGCUUUGAUCUAUUUUGAUAUCUGGAAAAAAAAGGAACAUAACAAGAAGUUAAAAAGAAAACUAAGAAAAUAAAACCUUAAGAGAGGAGGAAAGACACAGAGCAUUAUUUUUGUGCACGUAAUAUAACAAAUUCUUAUUUUUAACACGAAAAAAGCAUUCUGGACAUUUCAGGGUGAUUCAAAGAAGAGUUGAAAUACAAUGUGUCUUUUAUUUUUUUGUAAAAUAUGCAAAUUUUUUAUUUUUAUUUCCUGAUGUCUGUUGUUUGACGUUCUAUUUGCAGCAGCGGAGGAAUCCAUUUGUACAGAUUCAAAAACUUAAAAAGAACAUUUUUUGCUGGUCUGAUGUGUCGGAGGCAAACCGUUUAAAGCUACUUCUUCCUGUAACUGCUGCAGAGAUUUCUAUUCACGCACAGAUGAUUAUAACAAUGUUUAUAGUUUAGUUGAAAUCUUCUUCUUUUUUUUUUUUACAUUCUUCCAUAAGUGAACAAAAGACAAUCAAUUAUUUCUAUUUAUAUUUGAAUUAUAGUAAUAUUUCUUUCUUUUGAGAGUUUUGAGAUCAUUGGAACAAACAUUUCUUGGAAAUAAGUUAUUUAAUACUGUAGUCUAUAAAGACGUGGUGAAACUGACUUAACCCUGCGCAUUAACGAUGAGCUCUAAUAUUCGGCUCAUUGGCAGUUUUGAUGACUUUCAAUUCAGUUCAAGUCCCGUAUGCACCAUUAAGUGUUCAUACUAAUAGUCGUCCUGUUUUGUUAUGAUGUAACUCCAUGUUACGUCCGUGUCCAUGAGAAGUGGUUUUAAGCGGUUUUGCUUUGGCAAACCUUCAGGUGUCAUUAAAUUCAUCCUCUGUCGGAGGAAUGAAAUGAGCGUGCUUUAGAUCUGAGCAGUUCGAUUACUGAAAGAUUAUGUGUACAAAGAACAAUGCAGUUACUAAAUUAAGAUGUAGCUUAGCAAAAGCGAUGAGGGAAAUCAAAUAGGAGACUAACACGAUCCCUGAGAAUAAUUAGUUUGGAAGGAGAGGGAGCUGUAAGUCUUUUUUCAAUGCUGCUGUUGUCCCUUGAGUUUGAUUAUCUGUCAGUGAUUUUUAGUUUGUAGAAAGUUAAAUGUUUCUGUUUUUCUUUUGUCUGUCACUUGAAAACUUUUUGAGCUAAUUUGCCUUAUUUUUGAUGAAUUUAUCUUUGAAGUAGAUUAGAUUUAGCUGUAGGUUUUUAGCUUUUUACAGAGAGUAGACAUUAGUUUCUUUUGUCUCUGCGUAGGGAUCGAUGCUGUUUUUUUGUGCACAUCACUUUUUCUCUUGUUUUUUUUUUUCCACUCGAAUUUCCGUUCCAAACCUUGUGUCGUCUGUCCUCACACUGUGUCGGGCCUGUUUGUAGAAAGCCUUUCUGAGUGGACAGUUGAACCAAACAAUACCUUCAUAUAGUGCUGAUCCAAAAGAUUCAAACUGAUGCUGCAUCCGUGGUGAUGCUCAAAGAGGCUUCGCGCACACAAGCUCCGGAUAUGUUUCACUUUAUCAAGUGGAGCCCAUGUCACAGUGCAUCCAAAUAUGUUGAACUUUAAUUUAUGCAGACAUCAAAAACUGUAGAUAUGUAGAUAAUAGAAAUAAUGGUUUAACAAAGGACUGCUCACUAGACCAUGGAAGUGCCAUUAAAGACGAUUCUUACAGCCUUUAGUGAGACAGCCUGAAUGAAUUUAGGAGUGAUCCAAAAUUCUGCAAAAACAAGUUUUAGCUAAGCCUUAAUUGUUUUCUCUGGAUGAACUGCCUGACCUCUCAUAGGAUUGACACUAAGUUGUAUAUACUACAGAAAUGGCAAUAGGCUCGUUUGAAUGCCAUCGAGUUAGUCGUCACGUCGGUGGAGUUAGCGUAGGGUUACGAGGAGCUUCAACCAUCCAUGUUUGAGUCCAGUGAUAAACACAGUGUGAAAACGUCUUUCUUAAGGCUCGCAGUUUGAUGAUUCUGUUUCUAACUCUUUUUUUUUUUUUUUUUUUUUCCCACACGUCAACUUUUUGCUGUGUGUGUUUCUAUUGUUUAUUUCCGCAACCAAAGAUGUUGUAGCCACCCGUCUUUUAGCUCUCUGUCACAGUUAAACUGCUCUCAUUUGUAGACGGUCGUGUGUCGUGUGUUGCUGGAUGAAAAGCCUUUUUUUUUUCUGCUUCCGACAGAUUCAGAAAGGGAAAUAUCACAACGAGGGUGGUGACGUGCACACAAUUUCCCACAUUAAGACCACCGGUUAAGAUUUUGUGAGAACUUUUUGCCACUACUCUGUCGUAUAGUAAAGUACAUGUAAAUGAUCUGGUUUUGUUGACAUGAGUUAAUUAAGCUGAGUUUCCCUCCGUAGACGUAAUGGAGUGUUGGUGCGUGUGUAAACAGACUCAUUAUGAACUUUAUUGGCCUCUGCAGACACCCAGGAGACCUCCAGAGCUUUUACGAUGGUGACAGUUUACAGACACGAGAGCUAAUUUUGUAAAUAGUCUUUUUUUCCCCCCUUCCACUUUCUUGUUUGUUUCUUUGUGUGCGUUUUAUUUUUUUAAUGAUUUAUAUCCUGUCCAGAUAACAUAGUGACUUGCAAGGUUUUCAGAUUCAGUGCCCCAUGAAGGAAAUGUCAUGGAUGUUGUUUAUAUGUUCAGAGAAAUGCUAUUCCAUGUAUUAGCCAUCACGUUAAUACAAAAACAGGAUUUUGAAACUAUGAAAUGACCACUUGUUACAAUGACGUGUUUAUUUAUUUUAUUUCUAAUUUUUUUACAAACUUGUCAGCUAAGAUAAUAUUACAGGAAGUCAUGUUGCUCCAAAAUGUAUUAGAAUCAUAAAAAGUAUAGAAGUUACAGUUAAACUGUAGAAAUGCUGAGAUCAACGGUGUGCUCCACACACAAUAUUUGAAAAUAGAAAAAUCUAGUUGCACUUAUUAUUUUUGGUCCACACCAAUUUGAAAAUGCUCUUUGUGUCCAUUUUAAUGUAGAUUUGAUGUCUUAUUUCAUAGCUUCAAAAUGUUUUGCUGCUAAAAAAGGAUUUCCAAACAGGUGGUUUGAUGUUGCCCACUCAGAAUUUUCAAAAUGUCCCUAUUUAAUUUUAAUUUGUUUGAGUAUCCCUAAUUUGUUUGAUUUUCAGUCAUAACUUCAUGAUUUUAAUUCUGUUUUACUAAUGAGCAGUUAAAGUUGUAUUUUACAUUAUUAAAACUCGUGAAUGUUGUCUUAUGGUGACAUUUUGUAAUACAAAAUAAUAAAAACGUGUUGCUCCACACUAUGAACCAUGUUCGUGUGAAUACCAGACAUUUUGAGAAUCUGACGGGCUCAUCUUGCUCCCUGCUUGUGAACAGUUUUCUUAUUUAUACAAGAACUCAUUUUGUACAGUUUUGUUAAGAGGAAAUAGGUUUUGAUAUUUGGUUAUUUUGCAAAGCCACUUGGCUACUUUUGUCUUCCUGUGCCAGAGUUGCUAAAUUGUCUGUAACUUGUGUUUUUUUUAUUGAUUGAGAUAAGAUUUUCCUUCCUUUUUGGUUUUCUCUUUGAAUUUGAAUAUGUCAUUUUCCCUUUUUUUUUUUUCAAAUAAAAAUCUUGUUUCAGUGAUUCGGUGAACUGUGUUUUUGAUGUACGGUAACUGUAAGAUGCACUAUUGACAUCAUCUGGGUCAUUACCUGCUGUUGUUGCUUCAGCUGUAUUGAUAGUUACUGUGCCGGCAUGUGUCAUCAUAACUCAGAGGGCGUGUGUAUCUCAAUAGGUCAAAGCCGACUGUCCAUUUUCUAAAUCCACCUUUUGUUACGGAUUGUGAGGGACUGAAGUCCAAAGGUGUAAAUUCCUCUCAGAGGAAAAUACUGCAAACUCGUCUGCACAUUUUAAGUUUUUGAAGAAAGAAAAAAAAGUGUCAAAGAUAAGGCAGUAAAGGACUGUGCUGAGUAAAGAUGCUAAUUUUAUUUUUUUAUUUUAAUUUUAUUAAUUUAUCAGCAAUACAGUAUGAGGGCUGUAUCGACAAAAGUUAAAUGCAAAGUGACAUUCUUUUAUCAAUAAUAUAAAUAUCACAGCAAUUUACAUAUUGAAAUAAUAAAAAUAUAAUGAUUAAUUUGUAAAGCCCAAUUUCAAAACAAUGUGUUAUUUGCCAGAUUGAUAUAAAUAAUUGAUUUGACACUACAGAUGAGUGCUUAUUCUCAAGUAUGUGACAGAGAGACACGUGUCCGCUCACAUGCUGUAAUCUAUCAAAGCUGGUCACUGCACUGGGUUAAAAAAAGAGCUGUCCUGAUACUUACUGCAGAAAACGAAAGACUUCAGCUCUCACAUAUUAUUGAGCUAUUCUGUGUAGCUCUCCCCGCCACACGGGGGCGCUGCUGCACAAACUUGGCGUAAUGAACACUGCGCUCCUACCGGUUGAUUACUGAUUAGCCAUCACCAAGACUAGCGAAACUUGAAAACUUUUUCAGAAGAAAAGAAACUUAAGUAACGAACAACUACAGCAAGAAUACUAAAGAAGACGGCGAAAGCACAGCUUUUGAGGCCAAAUCGGGGGCAGAAAACAGCGAGACCGUGUGAGAAAGUUAGCAUUACAAUAGCUGCUAAGCUAAUCCUGCUAAUGUGACAGCGGCCCCCUAAAGAAACAAGCAACUCACUUGUGUACAACUGUGAGCACUCCUUCUCCAAGUUGUGGCUUAAUGAAUGAAUGAACUAUCACAAGAUGAGCUGUGCCCUGGAUAUUUGUAACAUUAUGUGGUGGAGCUUCUGCAUGGAGAGGAAGACCAGAUACACAACUCUUUUAAGGUGAGACAGCUUGCUUGUUUUCUUUGGGCUAAUUUAAUUGGAAAGCUAAUGCUAGCCUGAAGAGGGUACAGGUGCUAGGUAAAGUAACUUUACAGUCAUUUAGAUUUGAUAAAUUGUGAUUUAUCAAAGAAAUUCACCAACAGAUUGAACCUACUACACGGUGCUGCAGUGAUUUAUCAGUGUGCAUAGAUCACAUUUUAAAGUCAUUUAUUAAUCACAGUGCAGGUGCGGUUAAAGUUUGCCUUUGUGAAGUAUACCGGUACACUGUGAAGUCAUCUAACUUUGUGUUCGAUGUGUGAGGUGUGUUUGCACCAGACACAAAAUCAUAUGGAGGAUUUAUCUUGGCAAGUUGCAUGAAUUCUUGACAGAA